AUGAGCGAUUGGACAACACGAAUUAGUUCCGAUACUUGUCAAGUUAAAUCAUCGGAGCAACAGGAAAAUGGUUCAUUCAGUGCAGGAGAUGAACCAUGCAAAGCUUUUGAAGAGGAUGGUUUUUGUAUGAAAGGCUCUCAAUGUACAUUUAAACAUGAUCAUGCCAUCACGAAUGUAAAUUAUAUUGAAUUUCUUUUUGAGUAUGAAACCAUUACAACAUCAGGAAAUAAUUCAAAUGAUGUUUCACUCUCUAAAAAAGCAAAGAAAAUUCAACAAGUGAUUCACACAUCUCAAAAGCCAAAAAUUGCACCCAAAUCCAAAAAAAUUAAAUUAACGGAAAAUAUAAAAGAUGAAACGACAACACCUUUGACACAACUUACAGAAGAGCCAUUUGAAAUUCCAGUCGAGUAUGAAAAGGUUAAUUUCGAAAAACCUCUGAUUCCUUUUGAUUUCUCUUAUCAUACGCCAACACAUGUAAGACAAAAGAUGUUGGAAGACCUCAUUGAAAUUCAUUCAAAAAUUACAAACAAUAAGAAAAAAGCAAUUGUGUUAUCCUUUCAAAAAGAAAAAGAAUUUUACACUGGAUCGUUUGACAAGAUGAGUUAUACGAGGCAAUUUACAAGAUUUAAAAAAGCACAGGCACCAACUUCUUCUUCACAAACAGUAUCCACACAAGGAAAUCAAGAAGCAAGGAAAUGA